AUGAUGACGCUGCGGAACGGUGCAUACUCGCAACGCUAUGCGAGGAUUGAGCACCAGCGUGAACAGGAGCAUGCAGCUACUGAGCGACAGACGGAGGAUGAACAGCAGCAUCGACUCAAAGAAAUGCAACAAGCAUCGAAGCGCAGAUGGAAGAAGAUGCAGGAGAAACGGGCGCGGUUGAAGCGGGAAGAGGAAGAGCGAAGAGAGCGCGUGCUCGCUGAGCGCAAGUCCAAGCUGCGCCAGCACAUCAGUGCACUGCACGAGACCACCCGUGGAAGGCGGUCGGCUGCGUCAUCGCGACCUCGGUCACGCAGCGGAUCAGUCCGCAGCAUGGGCAGCCGCACAAGGCCAGACAGCGCGGCGUCAACCCGCUCCAAGAAAGCCGGGCCAUCGCAAGCCGACGCUAUCUUGGCCCAGGCCCUCAAGGCCGUGCGCCAGUACCAAGAGCAACAGCACCAGCACCAGCUGCGCGACUAUAUUCAAAACCCAGCAGUGCAGCAGCAGCACCAGCAGCACCAGCAUCAGCACCAGCACCAGCAGCAUCAGCAGCAUCAGCACCAGCACCAGCACCAGCACCAGCACCAGCAGCACCGGCCAUCACCGCGCGUCCAGUUUGCCAGCGCAUCACCGCCUCCACACGACACGGAUGGCAGAUGGGGCAACUCUGCAGUUGAGGAGCGGGGUGGUUACGCACACGUGCCGAACCACACAACACCGCAACAUGGAAAGAGCGAUCAGAGUGAUCUGGGCUAUCACUACCACACCAAACAACGCCAAGAUCCCCACCAACAACAUCAGCAGCAGCAGCAACAGCAGCAGCAACAGCAUGAACGCGAUGUUGCUGGUGGUGGGGCCGCCCACUUGUAUUCGCGUCACCAUGACAAUGACGAUGAUGGCGGUGGCGCCUGCACGGACGACAGUCUGGACGACGGGGAGGUGUCUGAUGGCGGGGAGGACGCGUUCUGGCUUGACCACGAUGAACAAGUACAUGGCACACACGCAGUUGCCACUCGUCAGCCGCACCACCAGCACCACCAACAUCAGCAGCAUCAUGACAGUGUGCAACGAGAACACGAUUUCCAACCAUCGCGUGUACCCCACCCACCGCCACAACAAGCGCAGCAGCCACGCCCAAGCUCACGCUCGCAGUCGCAGUCGCAGCUGCAGCUGCACACGCGCUUUCGCCGCGUGCCACCGCCCGUGAUGAUGCGCAGGGAGUCAAAGCCGUUCCACGACCGCAUGCGACGCAGUGAACACAACAUGGUGGGCGAUGAAGACCGGAGCAGCGACAACGACCACCACCAUCACACCCAGCGUCACCAACAGGCGUGGGACGAUGAGAGUGGUGUGGCACAUAUGCACAGGGCUGGCAGUCACAUCCCGGGCCCGUACAAACCCGCGCGCAUUGGGCCAUCGACAUUUGUAGACGAAACAGCAAAUGGCCCUGCACGACGGCGCGGAAGUGGAAGCGUGCGCUUCUUGGACCGUGACGGUUGUGAUGAUCGUGGCGAUGCUGGUGCUGGUGAUGAGCGCAAUGAUCGUGGUGGUGGUGGUGGUGGUGGUGAUGAUGACGAGGAGGCUGGCGGAGGAAGUGGUGGGGGAGGUCGAAGGCAACGGGCUGUGCGUCACCACCAGCUCCAGCAGCAGAAGCAACACGUGUACCAUUACCCACAGCACCCGACCUCACACACAACCAAGAGCUCAGAGCAGCAGCAACAGCAACAACGAGUGCCGCAGCAACAAUCCCACCCACAUCCGCAGCAGCAGCAACAAUCCCACCCACAUCCACAACAUCCACAUCCGCAACAUCCACUGCAGCAGCAGCAGCAGCAGCAGCAGCAGCAAAGACACGGUGCGGGGAACGAGGCGACAGUUGUGCAAUACAAGAUGCCACACCGCCGCGGCCACGAGCCAACAGCAGCGGCGCGCGACAGGUGGCAAGGCAGGCGGCUGCACCUCAAGACGGCUAGUGGUGAGCGCGUUGUGCAGCACGACCCGCUCACACGCGCAAAGAUUGCCGGCCCGUCUGUCCAGCGCGCACAUGCACGCGUGCGUCCAUCACGGGGUGUGUCCGAUGCACCUUCGCACCAGCACCAGCACCAGCAACAGUAUCAGCAACAGUAUCAACACCCGCACGGUCCGCGCACGCGUCUGGUGACGCGAAAACCCGCUGGUGAAGUGCUGGACAGCAUGCAGCUGUUCCUUGAGCUGGAGCAGGAGCUCAGCGACGACGCACACGCACACGCAGACACACACGCACAUGCACACGCACGCACGCGGCUGCAGUCUGAUGCAAGUGCAGGGCGGAGAUAUGGCAGGCAGCAGCCUGGAGGGGCACGCAAGGGUCGCUCGUCGCCAUCGUUGCCGUCGUCAUACAAGACGCGCCAGCUUGUGAACCAGAGUGUGGACGAUGCUAUCGGUGAGCUUGAGGUGCUUGAGCAAGAUCUUAUGGUCAACCUAGAGCACCUCGACCAGCGGCUCAAAGCCAUUGAGCACAGGCGCGGCGAUACCCCCGACGAUGCCGAAGACAGCGACACGUCAUCUCGUGGUCGUGGUCGUGGUCGUGGUCGUGGCAGGGGUGGUGGGAAGAGGAUGAGGGUGGCGAGUGCCCCCGUGCACCGCUCACCAGCACGACAGCCGCAGCCACCACGGAUGCCGCGCACGCAGUCAGCGCGCCACCGCACGAAGCAGUGGGCGGAGGCGACGAAGAAGGAGGUUGCUGGCGGUGAUGACGCUGCGAAUGCCAUGGCGGCCGCCAACGCGCGUCCCGUCAAGCAGCGGUCGUUUCGGCGAUACAGGAAGCCGACGUCAUACGCUGACAUACACGCGGGCUGA